UUUGACCUUUCACCUUUAGUGGUGUGUCAGGUCAGAGCACAAUCAUUGGUUGUCGGAUCAGCAUGCUAUUCAGAGAGGAAGAGUUGCAUACCUUAUGGUAGCUGGAAUGGUUAAUGUCUCACGAACACAAUGCAGUAACGUGGUCAACAUUGAGAUGGGCUCCGAAUAAAGACGUUGUCACGCGCGACAGUUUGCUGAAAUCUGAUGUGGGGUGCUUCAAGGAGCAAGGAUGCAGCAGAAGAGGAACAUUCAGAUCAUAGAAUGGGAGGACCUGGACAAGAGGAAGUUCUACUCCUUUGGGGUUUUCAUGACCAUGAGCAUUCGGGCCACGGUAUACCCCGCCACCCUCAUCCGCACCAGGCUGCAAGUUCAAAAGGGGAAGUCCCUCUACAAUGGAACACUUGAUGCCUUUGUCAAGAUCGUGCGAGCCGAGGGCGUGAAGGGCCUCUACCGCGGCUUCAUGGUCAACACCUUCACCCUCAUCUCAGGCCAGGCGUACAUCACCACUUAUGAGCUUGUGCGCAAGUAUGUCUCCACCUACUCCACUAACAACGCUUUCAAGUCAUUGGUGGCGGGAGGCUCUGCAUCUCUGGUGGCCCAGAGCAUCACUGUCCCUAUAGAUGUCAUCUCCCAGCAGCUUAUGAUGCAGGGCCAAGGGGAACAUCUGACACGCUUCCGUGUCAAGCCAAAGCUGCCGGGUGCAAAGUACAAAGCCACUUUUGGCCAGACUAGAGACAUUAUCGCCCAGAUCUUCGCAACUGAUGGGCUUCGGGGAUUCUACAGGGGUUACAUGGCAUCGCUCCUCACCUACAUCCCAAACAGUGCUGUCUGGUGGCCUUUCUAUCACUUUUAUGCAGAGCAGCUAUCUAACAUGGCACCUAGUAACUGCCCCCACCUGCUCCUGCAAGCCAUGGCUGGACCCCUCGCUGCAGCUACUGCCUCCACGGUCACAAAUCCAAUGGAUGUUGUCAGAGCCAGAGUCCAGGUUGAAGGCAGGACCUCCAUCAUUGGGACAUUUAAGCAGCUGAUUGCAGAAGAGGGAUUCUGGGGGAUGACUAAAGGCUUGUCCGCCCGCAUCAUAGCCUCCACACCCACAGCGAUAGUCAUGGUGGUCGGCUACGAGACGUUGAAAAGAGUGAGCCUCCGUCCAGAGCUGGUGGAUUCCAGACACUGGUAGUGGAGGUCUCAUAUCCCGUGGGGUUGAGCCUGUACCACCCCAGUAAUGACUCCUCCAUACAACUCAUCCUUUUUCGUCAGUCCGCCUUUUAAAACUUUGUUGCCUUGUGAUAUUUCAUUGUGAGGUGGAGACCAUUUUAACUUUUAUUUGUUUUGAAGGAAGAGGUAGAGAAGCCAUGGUGUUGCAAGCUGAUUUUAAAACACCGUCUACUUCAGUCUCCCCUGACAGACAGUCUGGGUGAUGUGUAGAAUGUGUGCUUCAAUCUCACUCAAUAUUUUCAACCCCUUACCAGCUGUGAAUAUUUUUAAACAAGAAGUAUACCUGAACUAUUCAAAAUUCUAAAUUUACUGCCAGCAAGCAGAUGAAAUGCCAUGAGAUUGUGUUUUAAAAUGACUUGAACAUAAUUGAGUAGUAGAUUUAGAAACUGUACCGUUGUGACAUGUCCUAGAACCCCAUUCCAAAUGUGUGUGUGUAAUAGUGUUGAACUGGGUGUUGAACAUGCCACCAGUCUAGAGUGUUUGCUGUUGUUGUUGUCGCACAAGAAAAGAUGUAUAUUGAAAUGACCAAACAUCAAAUUUGCUGGAGUAGGCAUCUCUUUAAUGGCUUAACUUAACAUUUGAGUAAAAUGACACUAGGAAAGGACUGCAAAAUGGAUUAGACCAAAGAUGGCCUCUUGAGGAAGAAAUCAUGUCCUUUCAUGAGCACUCAAAAAGUUUGUGUGUUUUGUGUGCAAAUUUGUGUGAAUCAACUGGGUGGGUGUGUAUUUCUCUGGAAUCACUGUAAAUAUGAAAGACUUUAGAAAAGAAACCGCCGCUGUCAUGUUCCUGUUCAAGUUAAAGGACACACAGAUUAUUGGCGCAGUUUGCUGUUGUCGCAGACAAAUUGUGUUUGAAUUCCUGUGUUAUUCUUUCCCCCGGCGGAACACAAUGUACAUUUCUCACAUCAGAUCCAUUGUGGCACAAACUGUACCCCCCCCCCCCCCCCCCCCUUAUAAUGUAGAGAUGGUAGUAAAAAAGUGGCCUCUCCUCUCAGUAACUCAUUUCAGCUCUUGGACCAUUUGCAUAGCACCGGGUGUUCAGAUUGGACCUGCGCAUUAAGCAUUGUGUGUUGGAAAUGUCAGGAAGACAAUACAUGAUUGGAAUGAACCGAGUGGAAUGUUGAGCUUCCUACCCCUGCUGUAAUGCUGUUUUUGCCCUCUAGAGGGCGCAGUCAGUGGAAGCUAACCUCAUCGAGGGCUGUGCACUGAACUAAUAAACCUUAAACAAUG